UCAACGUCACUCCCUCCCUCUACCUCACUUUCUCUCUCUACUGCCCCCACUUCCAUCUUCUCUCUAUAAAACAGAGAUACGCACUGUUAAUGGUUGCGUGAACAGGAAGUUUGGUAUAUUUGUGUGUUUUUCCCCUUUACUUGAGAUCACACUGAAAUGGGGAAGAAAGAACGACAACAGAAAGGCAACGAGAGAGUCGAAGCAGUCCUCCAUCUUCUUCAAAAACAAGCCCCUCUCUCCGUCAAACAGGAGAAGUACUGCAAUUAUGGUUGUGUGGAGAGGUUUUUGAGAUCCAAAGGCGAUAAUGUGAAGAAAGCUGCAAAGCAACUACGGGCUUGUCUUUCUUGGAGAGAGAGUAUCGGCAUUGAGAACUUGAUAGCUGAUGAAUUCUCUGCUGAGCUUGCCGAAGGCGUUGCUUAUGUUGCCGGUCAUGAUGAAGAUUCCAGGCCUGUUUUGAUUUUCAGAAUCAAACAAGAUUAUCAGAAGUUUCAUUCACAGAAACUUUUCACUCGGUUGUUGGUAUUUACAUUGGAGGUGGCCGUUGGAACAAUGGCAAAGAGCACAGAACAGUUGGUUCUUCUCUUUGAUGCAAGCCUUUUCAGAUCAGCUUCGGCUUUUAUCAAUCUACUCCUCCCAGCAUUGAAAAUUAUGGCAGAAUAUUACCCUGGACGGCUUUACAAGGCUUUUGUUAUUGAUCCUCCCUCACUCUUCUCUUAUAUCUGGAAGGGUGUUCGUCCGUUUGUUGAGCUAUCAACGGUGACGAUGGUGGUAUCGUCACUUGAUUAUGAAGAAUCACUGGAUUUCGAUGACUUCUCGUCUUACCCGCGAGCCUCGUCCCUCCGAUUCGAUCAUUCUUCGAUUAAGUCAACGGCCAAGGUUGGUUCAUGCGCAUCCUCACGUUUCUCCUUCACUGUUUCGCACCACUUUGACUCCGUCAAACCAUGGUACCUCACGUUGACGGACACGUCGACAAGUCCUUCUCCAAUGGGACCCGCACGUAUUUCCCCACUCAACGCCAGGUCUUUCUCAUUCGCAUCACCAGCAGCCAGAACGCCACGUGGAAACAUCGACGGUGGAAGUACACACUCUCGGCUUGCAAGGAAGACACUGUUCCCUUCCACACCAUUGCCUCAGCGGAGCAACGGAGUUGAUGCAAUCAAACCACCUCCCCCGCGGACCCCACGGCCGUCCUUCCUCCAAUCACCGGCCAUGUUUUUCAAAAAGGAGUGCCACGUCAGCAGGACCGAGAAGUCUCGCGAGUCGUUCGUUCCGUUUUUGAAAUUCUACAGGAAGCCGUACGAUGAGAUGAUUUACAGGUCAAAGAUGCGGCCCCCACUUGGUGGACUUAUCUCCAUCGUCUCUCAGCAAAUCAGGCGUCGCCACGUUUCCGUAUCGCAACGGUUCUAAAGAAUCACCCCCCAGCUAAAACCGAAGUACAUAGGACUCCAAUUAUUGUUAUUAUUAUUAUUACAAGUUACAACGUUAACUACUCGUCAAUCAAAGACAUUUUGUUGGUAAUAAUAAAUUAAAUUAUUUAUUAAUAUCUCCAAAUCAAAUUUAUGGUGCAUAUUAAUGGUGGAGAGUACGUGCGAGGUGGGAUGUGAAAGGGUGUGCAGCAAUGUCUGAUCUUGAGCUCUGUUUCCAUGGGAGGAAGAUAGCGUGGUCGAAACGGCGAACAUGGUUUCAUUGUAAAGAAGAAAACCAAAGCGUUGAAAAAUCUAUGUUUCAAUUAGAAGUUGGGUUUGUUUUUUGUUUUUUAAUAUAAUUAUUUUGGGUCUUUGAAGUUUUUUGGUAUCGGAGAAUAAUCUAAGGCUCUGUUUAUAUUGUUGGACUUCUGUUUAUAAUAUGAUAAAUUUUGAAA